UCUUAGCGUGGGGCAUGUGCUGCAGGGCCAAUGGCGGUUGAGACGCCACCGCCUAUCUACACCUCUUCGUGAAUGUGAACGUGAACGUGAACGUGAACGUGAACAUGAACAUGAAAGCGCAAACGCGAAAAUGCAGAAAGCGCAAACGCUGCGAUAUUCUACAUGGUCCCGCUCUUGGCUGAGCCCUGAUGUCUUGCUAACGACCGAAUUACCGUUUUCACUUACCCCGAGUCACCAAUACCUAAACGCAGAACUGACCUUGAUUUCAACCAUAGCUCGCACUCGCUCGAGAAUCGCUCCAAGGUACCUCAUUACUCAUCUCGGCGGACGAUGGACUGGCGUAAAUCUUUACAACUUUACCUGACACUUCUCCAAUACUGACCUUGACCUUGACGCAGACUUUAGUAGCACCAUGGAUCCCAAGGCCUCGCUUUUCGCUCGCGCUCGACCCAGAGUCAGCGUGCCAAAAAGAAAGAAGGGAGCCAACUUCCUUACUCUCUCGGGAGAAAUCAGAAACAAAAUCUACCAGCACUACUUUCAAGACACCUACCGCUGCGAGCUGGUUGGCGAAGGCUGCGACUUCUCUGCACCGAUGACCUUUAAGCUAGUGUCGUAUAUCAAAGUAUCUGAGGAAAGCCGUCGGGAGAGUCCAGUUGAUGAUGAGCAUGAGAAGCCAAUCAUGGUCCGUUUUUCGCGCCCUGGCUCUGAAGGCUGCAGCACUGAAUCGCGCGUCUGGCUCAAUCCGCACGGUGCCAUAAUCCUCGUGAGCAGACAAGUACACCAAGAGACAUUGUCGUUGUUAUAUCAGCGGACCACCUUCGUCUUCCAAGCGCCUCGUCGUAUUGCCAGCUUCCUCCACAAAGUCCCGAAGCCAAACCACCUGUUCGUCACGAACCUGCAUCUGCACUACGCCACAUACGGCAGCCCUGGCGCCGCAUGCGACGUCGUGUGGCAGGAGAAGCACCUCGAGUCUUGGACCCGUGUGUGCAAGUCAGCGGCAAAGAGUCUGACCUCCCUGCGCGAGCUGCACAUCGACCUCUGGAUCAACGAGUGCGCCCCCAAGUUCGACCUGCGCCAGAAGUGGCUGCAGCCGCUGCUAGAAUUCCGUCGUCCGCGACCGCGCUGCACCGACCACGAAGAACUUUCAACAGCCGGCAAGGCUCUGCGGGAACCACGUACCCUUGUUGAGGUCCAGGUCAUAGUCUACACUCACUUCUAUGCGCACAGCUUCGACUCGAAUGUGCCCCUUGCGGCGGCUUGCAAGCACCUGCAUCGGCUGUUCGCUCACGGUAUCGGCAAGUACAUAUAUGGGUGGAAGGAGAGGAACGCGAUGCGUCAGUUCGACAGGGCGUGGAACGAAGACUACUAUGUGUGGCAGCAUCACCUGGGGUUCGCAAGCACUGGCUGGUAGUUGCGGAUAACUGCGCUACGAGGGUUGGGCACAUGUGUCGGGCAUUCAUUUCAUCGGUUAGCCCAAGGCCGGAAGGGCGAUCUUACCUGCACGUCAGAGACAAGUAAGCAAAUAAAAGUACAAUGUUUCAUAC